AUGAGUAAUGAAAUGGACAAAGGAGAAGAUCUAACAGAAAAAUCCAUGGAAAAGAUCUAUCUAGUAGCUUUAGAAGAGGAACAGCCGGAAAAAAUAGUUAAACGUGAUGAAGAUGCACCAAAAAAGAGAAUAAUUACUGAGUUUGGACUAGUGGUGCCCUCUGAAAACGAUUUUACAUUAUCUGAAUCAAGUCGUAGCAAACAGCAAUUUAUAUACAAAGCGAAAGAAAAAAAAGGAAAAUCUUAUGAUAAAUCCAAAAACACUUAUAAAGAAAAAAAUGAGAAAGAAAUUCAGAAAAAACUAGAUAGGCCGCAUUCACAAACGAAUGAGGCGUCAAAAGAAAAAGGAAAGAAAGAACAAACACAAAUAACAGACAAGGAAGUUGAAUCACAAUCCGAAACGCCCGCUAAAGGCGAUGUAGGUUCCGAAACACCAGAUUAUACUAAAGACGCUGAUCAAAAUCAAGAAAAUAAAAGUAAAGGUGUUGGCCUUGCCAUAAUUAAAGCCAAAGAAAAGGAAAUGAGAUCUAGAAUGAAAAACAAGCAAAAGGAAAAGUCUAAAAAUGAUGGUCAAGUCCAACCCACAACUACAGAAUUAACCAUAAGCAAAGUUAAAUUGCGAAAACCAUCUACUGACGAUUUAGUUUUACAACUAGUAAAAAUUAAGCAUUCCGAAGGUGGACAUCGUGUAAGACCGAAACGCUGGUCUGAAUUAAAUAUAUCCCCUCUAAUCAUUAAAAGACAUCAAGGUCAUAAAUUACAUCAGUGCAUGCCUGGAACACGUUGUCUAUUUUGUGAAGAUUCCGAGCUGGAACUGGAUAUAGAUAACAUUUUAUACAAUGAAGAAAAACAAGAAGAACUAGAUGAGGACGCUCAUGAACCUUUUCUUUUCAAUACUAAGUAUGAACCAAUUCAUGAGGAUAUGAAAGAAGAAUUUAAGUCUCCUCAACCUCCCAAAAAACAGCCGGAAACAGAAGUCACCAAAGGUGUAACGCGAUAUGCUUUAUCAGAUCGCUCAUUCAUCGACAAAGGCUGGACAUUAUUACCUACUGAAAAAAUUGUACGGCAGAUGAAUGUAUAUCGUAUGAGGCCCGCAAACCCUGAAUUCAAUUGGUUUGAAAACAACAAGAAUAAAAAAAUGUCGUAUGACACCGGAGAGAAACUAGCAGAAAUUGAUGAUAAUGGUAAAGGACAUUGGUUUUAUAGAAAUGGAUGUAAGGCACUGGAUUAUUAUGAUGCCGAAGAAAUUCAUGUUCAGCAAAGAUAUGUCAUAUACAGCAACGGAGAACCGGACGACCGUGGGCGAUCACGACCCUUAACAAUUCUAGCCAUGUUUGAUUAUUUAGGAAAUGGUAUUGUUUUCGAUCACAAAGGAAAAAUAAGGCUUAAAUAUAACCAAACCGAGGGAGUCGUUUUAGAUCGGAACAUAGGACCCGUAUCUCAUUGGAAAUGGCAUACUUUAAAUGAUCCUCCUGUUCUACAACAAAUUUUGAUCGAUACGCACCUGACCCAUAAAGAUCCUGAUAUUUUAAAGUUCAGUGGACCUGGUGAUGAUAUAACACGACAUGAGAAUGAAGACAUGAUAGCAAUAGAAUUCGAUAAUUUUAUAAAAGAAAAAAGCAAAAAGUUAUCACAAAACUUUGAACCAUUUCAAAUAAAAAUGAAGGCACUAAAAAUUAAUGAAAACUUUUCAUUAAGGGUUCUUGGUCAAGAUAAAAUUUACUUAAUAUUCAGAGAUGGUUCAACAAAUUUAAAAUUAAAUAUAGGUAUGGUACUGGAUCACAAAGAGAUCGUCGAUACCGACAUCGCGGAAGUUGGGGAAGUUUCAAAUAGUCUCAAACGUUAUCCUGCUCCGUCGUCUAGCAUAGCCGCUCUGCAGGAAAAUAUAGAGCAAACAAAGUGUAUACAGAGAGCUCGAUUUGAACGCGAGCGACGCAUUCGACCAAAGCAGAUCUAUUCUAGUGCUGAUAAACUAAUAUCCGGCAUAUCAAAACCUUUGCAAAAGCCAAUUCUCCCAGCGCCUUCACGUGCAACAACAAAUUCAACAGAAUAUCAAUGCAGAUGUAGAAAACCUUCUCUUAAAAACUUAUAUUAUGAUACUCGUUUAAUAUAG